AUGUUCAAUAAGUCAAUUAGCACUCUAAGAGGAUGCUUGAACAAUAAUCUAGCAACCUACGGCAGGUGUCGAUGUUGUUUCGACACCCUUUCCCUCGAUCUGGUCACUCACGGCCGACCGAGGUCCAGAUUGCUUCAUCAACCUUCUGUCCUAACUGAGGCGUCUACGGAGCGUCCGGAGGGAGCUCACUCUUUAUCUACAGCAAAUACGGCAGAGUUGGGCGCUCCCAAGGAUCCGCAGCAAGAUUCGACCGAAUCCGUACCUUUUUCGAGCACGAAAGCUCUGUCGCCGGCGGAGUCCAGGGUACAGUCCAUCCGUCCUCCAUUACGGAAAGAUGGCCAUGGUGCUCGAGGCCAGGGCAGACUACAAGAUGUUACAUCACUCUCGGACCGGAUAUUUGGCACCCAGAAGGCUCGACCUGGCGUUUCGAAGCAUCUAGUGUCUCGCAAGCUCUCUGGUCCUUCGCCAGUUUCUAUACUUAAAGCUAGCGGGUCAGGCGCAACAUGGCCCUAUCCCCCAGCUUCGAAAUCUGUUGCCCUAGAAUCCGGAUCCCUCGGGCCCGAAGUCCUCGAUUCUAAUGUUUCCGAGUCCGGGCCGCUCGACCUCGAAAACCCUCAGUCUCCUGACGUUGGAUCUCAGGAAGGUUUAGGAUACCCGCCUGGAAACGGCUGGUUUAGCAGGUCAUGGAAAAAGGCGUACAAGAAGCUGGUGUUUCCGCCAGCCGGCGAUCACACGAAGGCGCGUCAAGAGUUAGAUGUGCACAAACAAGUGGCGGAAGCUUUUGUUGGCGAUCGUACUCUGGAAGAGCUUCGCGAAGCGUGGUUCAAGAUGUCCCUUCGUAGUAAGACGCGACAUCUUGCGUACAUUCUGCUUGGAAGCCUUGCCGACAGUGCUCGGAAGACCCUCCUCAUACUCUCUGUCAUCCCGAUGUUCCCUCGCGAUUGGAGAACUCGGUGCGAGUGCCUUUGUUACUUGGAUCUGGUCUACCGGGAUGAGAUCGGUGCAGAUCCCCAUCUCCAAAAAUUGUUCGCAAAGCAAAUUGCUCUGGUCUCUCGCAUUUGGACAUUGCCGGGGGAGGCCAUACCAUCCCACUUUCUCGUUCUCCUCCUGCGGCACAACGAUGUCGAGCAUUGCGAAAACAUCAUCGACGCCGUCUUCCGGAACUAUGCAUCUGUACCACCGCGACUCAUUCUAAUUAUGGUGGACCACUUUACGAAACUUGGCGACGCAGAUCGAGCAAUAGAACUCCUCUCACGCAUCCCACCAAGCCAGAGGGAAGAACACAAGGUGGGGAUUCUUGACCGCUGUGCCAACCUCAUAACAAUUGACACGGUUGAAGAAUCUGACACUGUGGGUAAUUUCAGGACUCUUCCCAAGCUGAUUGAACUUGGCAUGCCAAUGGAUGCAAAGGCACAUAAUCUCAUUAUCGAGCGAGCAGUUUCCUUAAACGUGCCGGACGUUGCGUGGGAGGUCUUCCGUUUUAUGGAAGCCCGAAAUAUCCACGUUGACGAACGAAGUCACCUUUUCUUGCUCAAGGAUAGUUUUGAGCGACAGAAUCGGGAGAAGCUGGAUGAAGUCAUGUCUGCUAUCCACGAACGCGAAGAUCUUUACCGGUAUCCUUACUUGGUAACAUAUAUGAUGCAUAUCGUGAGGGUUGUUUGCACAAUUGACCGCAAAUUACCCUCUGGAGUAUCGGUAUCCCAUCUUCUCGCGAUCUACGAUCGAGCCUACGACAGGGCCCCCCUUGUCAAGCUUGGGAUCGUCAACCCUUUGCCGGCCAAGGAGAGUCUUUCCAAAAAACUUGAUCAACCUCCACCGGCAGUCCUCGGAUUUACAAUCUGGGCCUAUGUUCUCUGCCAACGAGACGAACGACUUGUCUCAGCGUUGUGGCACUGGAUCAUACACAUGAUCAAACAGGGGGACCAGAGUAUUCUCGAAUGCGCCAAACACGACAUCUUGUACAACGGUUUCAUCCACUUCUACGCGCGCAGCCGUUUCUUCCUGAGAAAAGCGGUAGACGUGGUUGAAGCAAUGAUUGAGCGUGAUCUGUGCUUACCGACCGAGCGAACGUGGAGCGAAGUACUUUGUGGCUUCUUGCAACACGGUGAAGAAGAGGCCGCAGAGAAAAUCUGGCGGAUGAUGCUAGCACGGGAUGUCCAACCCACAGAGAGAGGUUAUGCAUUUCUCUUGGGAAAGUACGACCAAAGCCAGCUUGCCAAGCUGGUCAGAUAUGUUUUGGACGAACGGCGGAUUCCAGACGGCCUUGACGUGGCCCUCAAGUGGCAAGAUGAUGCGAAUGGAGCGGCAGAUACAGAAGGCGACUCUCAGCAAUCAAUCGCGGGUAGCAGACAAGAUAUUGAGGAAGAUGGGAUAUUCGAAAGCUAUGGGUUCAACGACGCCAUUGAAGACCACGCCCUUGGAGGCGCUAACGUGUACCAAUAG